UAUUUAUAAAAACAUAUAACUGCAUUCUUUCGACUGUAAAAGAGCGUUGUUUGUUGUUAAAACACGAUUGGAGAAUAUGGAUUUUAGGUGGAAACCAUUUUCUAUCUUAGCCCACAGUAUUAUAUGUAGAUUUUACAUACAAACGGUUCACUUUUGUACAAAGCGAAUCACUUUAUAAUCACGAGCUGCGUAAUUAAAACUUGAUAAGUAUCGAAGACAACCCACCCUAAAAAAUGCUCCAUGUGCAACCAUGCACGACAACGCUUAUAAAAGACGGCGCAUCUAUUGUGGGAGAGUCUGUAAGUGUUUGGUAUGUAUCUGUAAGCUCAUAGCGGCAAGCGGCGCUAGUAACAAUGGUCAAAAACGAAAAAUCAAGCGUUGCCCAGGAAAAGCUUGGGUAUUACCAAAAAAGACUUCUUAUUUUGUUAAUGCUAUCAUCUGUACCCAAUUGCUUUGCUUCACUGCAAUUUCUAAUUAUUCAGUUUACCCCUGAUCACCAUUGUGACGUCAGAGGCUUAGGUGACUCCAACGUCACAUCAAAGGAAACAAACUUGAAUGCUUCAAUCCCGUUCGUGAUGGAAAACGAGGUGAUGGUUCGUAGCUCCUGCCUCAUGUUCAAUAGCUCGGCUCCAGGAACAAACAACACGGUGCAAUGCGAAGCUUAUCAAUACGAGGGAAUUGAAACAUCUAUUAUAACAGAGUUUAAUUUGGUAUGCGGUAAAAAAUGGAAGCAACCGAUGCUGCUAACAAGCUAUUUCGUUGGAAAGCUUUUCGGAGGCUUAACGGGUGGAAUUCUAUCUGAUAGAUUUGGACGCAGGCCAAUCUUUCUUAUAUUCACUCUUUGGCAUUUCUUGUCCGCCAUAUUCUUAAGCUUCACCACCAACAUUUACACAUACGCUUUCAUGUUGUUUAUCAGCGGCUGUGGAACUCUGGUGAACUUCGUAGCUGCGAUACUCAUAGGUUACGAAACGAUUUCAAGCGAGCGACGAACUCUGGUAUAUUCUGCGGUGGAGAUGGGUUAUGGCAUCGGUUAUAUGAUUCUACCGCUUAUAGGAUUCUAUUUCAGGCAUUGGCGUUGGUACUUAAGGUUUACAGGUCUCUUAGGAAUUGUCUACAUUCCUUACUAUUGGUACAUUGACGAAUCCAUAUAUUGGUUGGUUGGGACGGGUAAGCCAGAACGAGCGCAAAAGAUACGAAAUAAAAUCGCUGUGACAAACGGGGAAGCGAUAAGGGAUCGUGAUGUCAAAGAUCAUGACGCAGCAGAGUUUGAAGGAUUGAAUAUAUGGACGUCAAUACGGGAAAUGACGAAACAUUGGACUCUUCUUUAUCGUUUGUUCAUUUUCCAGUUUGCCUGGUUCGUUUGCAGUAUGACGUAUUACACGAUCGCGUUGAACACGAACAGUCUAAGCGGUGAUCGGUUCCUUAACAUGCUAUACGCCGGAAUAACAGAAGUUGUGUCAGCCAUUCUUUACUACAUAUGGUCAGAGGCAUGGGGGCGCAGGAGAGCUUAUGUUGGAACGAUGAUCAUAACAGCUGUAUCUGUUGCUUCGGCACCGUUGUUUGUACUAUGGAGCCCCACUUUGGUUACCAUCACCACAAUGUUCAGUAAGUUGGCCGUGUCGUUAUGCUACAACAUAAUAUAUGGUUACACUGGAGAGGUUUUCCCAACCGCAACUCGACAGACCGUGCUUGGAAUAUCUGCAUCGUCUGCAAGGAUCGGAAGUAUGAUAUCACCUUAUAUAAUAUACGCAAGUAAUACCACCAGCACGUUCGCCCCAUGCAUUGCAACCGCUGCCCUCAAUCUGAUAUCUGCAUUACUUGCGCUCUUGCUCCCCACCACGCGGAACAAAGCCCUGCCCUCCACCGUACACGAGGCGUUGCUGUUGAAAAGCGAAUGUACCUUGUCCUGUUGUAGCGGUGGCAAAGAUAAAAACGAAAAGCCGUUAGAUGUCGAUAAAGAGCAUAAGAUUGGAGUUUCAACCGAAAGCCAAACCAUGUUGUGACGUCAUAAUACAAAUUAUUGUCGUGUCGCGACACCGCCUUGAUGUGGGAUGUAAAUAAAGUAGACAAAGAAGUACAA